CAGACGAGCCAGAACAGAGCGCGGCGACGGUGGCGGCUGCUCUUGCUCUGGCGGCGGCCGAAUGGCCCGUGCGCGGCUUGCCGCGGCGCCGGCCUACGACCCGUAGACUCCCUUACUCGCAGUGCGCAGACCCUCCGCGGUCCUGCCUGCGAGCGCGACGAAGCUCGAUCGUCCGUUCUCUUAAGGCUGCUCCUCAGGAUUUUUAGACUCUGAAGAACAAUUGGAAUUAAUCCACAUUAUGGAAAUGGAAACCACUGAACCUGAGCCAGACUGUGUAGUGCAGCCUCCCUCUCCUCCUGAAGACUUUUCAUGCCAAAUGAGACUUUCUGAGAAGAUCACUCCAUUGAAGACUUGUUUUAAGAAAAAGGACCAGAAGAGAUUGGGAACUGGAACCCUGAGGUCUUUGAGGCCAAUAUUGAACACUUUGCUAGAAUCUGGCUCACUUGAUGGGGUUUUUGGGUCUAGAAACCAGAGUGCAGAUGAUAGCAGCUUACAUGAACCUAUGGUGAAAAAAACCCUGGAAAUUAAUCCAUCGUGUUCACCAACAGAAGACAAUAUGCCUGUCCUGAUUCCUGAGAGUACGAAUGUCAGGGGCCAAAUAGCGGAAGACCAUCCUUCUACUGAUGCUCCAGAACAAGUGGUUCCAAUCCAGGAUCACAGCUUUCCACCAGAAACCAUCAGUGGGACAGUUGCAGAUUCUACAGCAGGACAUUUUCAGACUGACCUUUUGCACACAGUUUCAAGUGAUGUUCCUGCUAGUCCUGAAUGCAUAGACAAAGUCAUGGAUUAUGUUCCAGGGGUUUUCCAAGACAAUAGUUUUACAAUGCAGUACAUUUUGGACACCAGUGAUACAUUGAAUACCAAGCUCUUUCAGGACAAAAGUGAGGAAGCUUCCCUUGACCUUGUGUUUGAAUUGGUGAAUCAGUUACAGUACCACACGCACCAAGAGAAUGGAAUUGAAAUUUGCAUGGACUUUUUGCAAGGCACUUGUAUUUAUGGCAGGGAUUGUUUAAAGCACCACACAAUCUUGCCAUAUCAUUGGCAAGUCAAGAGAACAACUUCUCAAAAGUGGCAGAGUGUAUCCAAUGAUUCCCAGGAGCACUUGGAAAGAUUUUACUGUAACCCAGAGAAUGAUAGAAUGAGAAUGAAGUAUGGAGGACAAGAAUUUUGGGCAGAUUUGAAUGCCAUGAAUGUAUAUGAAACAACUGAAUUUGACCAACUACGAAGGCUGUCCACACCACCCUCUAGCAAUGUCAACUCUAUUUACCACACAGCCUGGAAAUUCUUCUGUAGGGACCACUUUGGAUGGAGAGAAUAUCCUGAGUCUGUUGUUCGAUUGAUUGAAGAAGCAAACUCUCGGGGUCUGAAAGAAGUCCGAUUCAUGAUGUGGAACAACCACUACAUCCUCCACAACUCUUUCUUCAGGAGAGAAAUAAAAAGGAGACCCCUCUUCCGCUCCUGUUUUAUACUCCUUCCAUAUUUACAAACACUUGGUGGUGUUCCUACACAGGCUCCUCCACCUCUUGAAGCAACCUCAUCAUCACAAAUCAUCUGCCCAGAUGGGGUUACCUCAGCAAACUUUUACCCUGAAACUUGGAUUUAUAUGCAUCCAUCUCAGGACUUUAUCCAAGUGCCUGUUUCUGCAGAGGACAAAAGUUAUCGAAUCAUUUAUAAUCUCUUUCAUAAGACUGUGCCUGAAUUUAAAUAUAGAAUUUUGCAGAUAUUAAGAGUCCAAAACCAGUUUCUUUGGGAGAAAUAUAAAAGGAAAAAGGAAUAUAUGAACAGGAAGAUGCUUGGCCGUGACAGAAUAAUAAAUGAGAGACAUUUAUUUCAUGGAACAUCCCAGGAUGUGGUGGAUGGAAUCUGCAAGCACAACUUUGACCCUCGUGUAUGUGGAAAACAUGCUACAAUGUUUGGACAAGGAAGUUAUUUUGCAAAGAAGGCAAGCUAUUCUCAUAACUUUUCUAAGAAAUCCUCCAAAGGAGUCCAUUUCAUGUUUCUGGCUAAAGUGCUAACUGGCAGAUAUACAAUGGGCAGUCAUGGCAUGAGGAGGCCCCCUCCAGUUAAUCCUGGCUGUGUUACCAGUGACCUCUAUGACUCUUGUGUGGAUAAUUUCUUUGAGCCUCAGAUUUUUGUCAUUUUUAAUGAUGACCAGAGUUACCCUUAUUUUGUUAUCCAAUAUGAAGAAGUCAGUAACACUGUUUCCAUUUGAAAAAUCUUGGUACUGCUAAAUUAUUUGAUAUGAUUUCAAUCCAGCAUUUGUAGCAGGUUUUGGAUGGGUGGGAUAGAGUGGGGGAACAGCAUUGGUCAUUAACAGGGCACUUUUAAGACCCAUUUUUUUAAGUGCUAGAAAGUGAAAUUUUUUAAGAAAUACAGGUUUUAAAUGACCACUUAUUCUUUAAUGAUUUACUAAUUGUUAGUGUACUCAGUAUGAAAAAGACUACAGAUUACAUACUCCACAUUCACACUUGGACAUGUAGGCAGCAGUGUUAGCAGAAGUAUUUUUUUAAAAAGGAAACUGGACAGCCUACUAAUUAAAUAAAUGUAAUUGAGCCUGAUGGAAGUUUGGCCAAAUAAUAUGGAGGCUCUAAGUAUAGUGAGAAUUCUGUUUAUUUACAAUGCUAAAACUGACUGAAACUAGUACUACCAUACUUGUUCCCUGUUCAGAGCAUCACUACUAAGGUAUAGGGUAAGACUACGAAUUUCUCAUGGGUGGACUGAAAUCUACCACCCAACCAGACAGCAUCAUUAACUUUUGCCAAGUUUACCUGAGAAUUUGAAGUUCUGUGGAGAAGUUUAAAAAGGAACUAUUUAGAAAGUUUUGUCACCAGCAAAAUUUUUCACUUAGUUAUAUGAAAUGUGAUUCUUGUAUUACUAAACUUCAACCUUGAGAAACUCAAUCUAUUCCAUUAUCAUCUUAUCCCAGCUUGAAGGAGUUGGGCUGCUAAUUUGGUUAAUGUCAAUCUUGAGGAUUAGAAAUACUACUUUAUUAGAGUUCCAGACCUAGCCCCUGACUGAAGAUUUUAGAGAGUAGUAGUACAUAUAACCAGUUGAUAACGGUUUGUUAUUAUGCUUUGCACAAAGUAGACUCAAAGUAUUUGUUGAUUUGGAAAUAACUGUUGAAGGUGGUAAUCCCACCCCUAUGCCUGCUUUGCCAGAUGCAGCUGGAUUUCCUGGCUGACUCUGUAUUUUACACUACUUAAUAAAAGAAACACAAACUUGGAAGUUAUGCCACUGGCCCAGCUUGAGCUGUGUUAAGUGACUAUGCUCAUGCCUCACUUCAGAGUGGUGGAGCUAGAUAUAAUUUGUUUUAAGCAAAGCAAAUACCUGGAUUAAUGGAGGUGGAAGUAGUUGUUCACAAAACAGUUCACCAUAGAAUUCCUUCAGAUAUCAAGCUCUCCUAGUAUGUUUGUGGUUAUUUCAUUUACAAAAAAUUUUCAGGAACUUCUGUGUUGUUUAAAGCAAGAUAUAUCUAUACCGGUGUCUCAGUGAAUAAGUCUGCUCAAGCACUUAUCAGGGCUUCCACACAGUUAUUUAUUUUGCCCUAGUUGACUUUGUUGUUUGCUGCCAUUGGCAUGAAACAGCCAACUAUGGCUGUUACAGUUCUUUGAUUCAAUUAUAACUUGUAAACCAGUGAUUCCCGAUCUUUUUCAAGUUAAGAUACCUUACCAUUGCUUAUUUGAUUUUAUGAAACUUGUUCUUUUUUUUUCUCCCUAAAGGAAAAAAAAGCUUUAUGACAUAUUUAUUUUUUUAA